UUGGAGGAAGACCGGCUUUCCGUCAUCAAAAGAGACAACCGUUUGCUGCUGGAGAAGUUGUCCUGCAUCGUGAGAACACAAAUCGACAACAAAAAUGACCAUAAGGCCAAAAGUUUAAAUGGAGAAAAACGAAAGCAGGAGCUGCGGAGAGUGAAGCAGGAGAACCGUGCCAUUCUGGAUAGAAUUACAAAGUCCCAGCCUCAGUAUCGAGUUCAGCGAUGGCAUGAGGAUUGGCAACGAGCUGAAAAAUACAUGGCCAACAUUGCGAGAUAUCCUUGUGGGCGGUGUAAAUCACAGAGCCCUAAG